AUGUUAGGUUUCAUUUUCCUCAAUUCGCCCGUACGAUUCCUCCGGAUCCUCCUCUUUUACCUCAACCAAGCCAUUCUCGCCGUCGCCACUCUUUUCCGCCGCGGAUCCCUGCCAGAAUUUGACAACUCCGACGCCGGAACUCUGCUCGUGAGAACCUACGAAGAAUUGCAGAGGAACGAUGAUGAUCGACCGAAGGAAGAGGAGAUUUGCUCAAUAUGUUUGAUGGAGUUCGCGAGAGAAGAUUCCGUGUACGAAUUGCCGGACUGUAAGCAUGUUUAUCAUUUCAAUUGCAUCGAGAAAUGGCUGGAGAGGAAUCGCUUCACUUGUCCGCUCUGUAGAUGCUUCUUCUUCAACAUCAAGAAUCGCCAUGAGAAGAAGAAUAACACCAACCUCUGCUUCGUCGUUCCUGAUAAUCCUUCCUGCCUCUAUUAUUUCUUGCAGUGA